UUCACUCUUUGUCGCAAUUUAUACUCUCAGCAGGCCCUCUAAAAACAAUUCCAGCAGUUAAACAUUCAAAAACUACUCACUUUGAGAUUGAAAUACUUGAUGCUCAAACCAGAAAGCAGAUAUGUAUUGUGGACAAGAUAUACAGAUGGCCAACAGGUACAUGAAACGAUGUUCAAAAUCACUAGUCAUCAGGAAAAUGAAAAGCAAAACCACAAUAUCACCUCAAACCUGUUACAAUGGCUAUCAUCAAAACGACAAGAGAUAAUAUGUGUUGGCCAGGAUGUGAAGAAAAGGGAAACCUUGUGCACUAGUUGGUGGGAAUGCAAAUUGGCACAGACACUAUGGAAAACGGUGACACAAAAAUCUACUAUUCAUGACGUGAAACAAAAAUUUCACAAAGCAUGUCCAAAAUGGUACCCUUCUCGAGUGGGUCUGCAGCUAGAACGUGGUGGGCCCUUUUUGAAGGACUACAUAACCAUUCAAAGUGUUGCAUCUUCCUCCAUUGUCACACUUUAUUUUACAGACCUAGGUCAACAAGUCAGUUGGACUACAGUAUUUUUGGCUGAAUACACAGGACCUCUGCUAAUAUAUCUCCUCUUUUAUUUGAGGAUCCCAUAUAUAUAUGACAUGAAAGAGAGCUCUAGAAGAUUACGUCACCCAGUGGUACACUUGGCCUGCUUCUGUCAUUGUAUACACUAUAUCCGAUACCUUUUGGAAACCUUAUUUGUUCACAAGGUUUCUACAGGACAUACACCUUUGAAAAAUUUGAUAAAGAGUUGUGCCUUUUAUUGGGGAUUCACUUCUUGGAUUGCCUACUACAUUAAUCACCCAUGGUAUACACCACCAUCAUUUGGAAACAGGCAAGUCAUAGUAUCUGCUAUCAAUUUUCUGAUUUGUGAAGCUGGAAAUCAUUUCAUCAAUGUAGUGUUGGCUCAUCCCAAUCACACAGGAAAUAAUGCCUGUUUUCCAAGUCCAAAUUAUAACCCCUUCACAUGGAUGUUUUUCCUGGUUUCAUGUCCUAACUACACCUAUGAGAUUGGAUCAUGGAUUAGUUUCACAGUCAUGACGCAAACAUUGCCAGUUGGGAUUUUUACACUUCUGAUGAGUAUCCAGAUGUCUUUGUGGGCACAAAAGAAACAUAAGAUUUAUCUGAAGAAAUUCAGUUCUUAUAUGCAUAGGAAAUCAGCAAUGAUUCCAUUUAUAUUGUAAGAAAAAAAUAAGUGAUCUUAUCUCAUAUACAGAAAGCAGUAUAUAAACUCACAAAAUCAAACUUGAUAAAGAAUAGUUGCCUAUUUUGCUCCAGAAAUUCACAUACAACAGUAUUUUUGCUUGAGUAAAAAUACAAAAUGGUAGAAUCUAGCUGAAUUUAGAGUAAUAAAUUUGAGGUAAAUGAAAAGUAGAAAUUAUCAAUAUAACUAAUGGUAAAUAGCAUCCAAUAUGUUUGCAAGGGACUGAUCCUUGAAUGAGAUGUUCUUACUGCAUUAAAUAUUUUGUAACUAUUUGCUUAAAACCAUUUAGAAUAUCUG